CACUCCACUCUGAGCGGGUACGGCGCACACCGGGACUCUUCAAAGUGAUCGACUUGUCUGCGAGCGCGGGCGCGCGCCCACACACACAUAUAUAAUACACCCCCACGCACGCACGCUCAUCCAUGGCGGAAGGAGGAGAGCGCUCGCUUCGGCAGAACUGAGUGCGCAGCGCAGCGCAGCGGGCUAUGGAGGUCACACCGGGUCAGUAGGUGUGUACAGGGCGCGCGCGGUGCUGUAGUCGUUGGACCCUCGGAAGAUGGAGAAAGAAUUAAUAAAGCAGCAGAAGCAGAUCACACAGCUGGAGCUCUGUGUAGCAGACAUUAAACAGCAGUUUAAAGCGAAAGACAAUGAACUGAAGAAAGAAAAGCAGAGGGUGCGGGAGAUGGAGGCCCUCGUACAAAAGUUUAAGACUGACUUGUAUAACAGCAUGGGCUUAAUUCAGGAGCCCAAGAAGUUCAAAAAGAGCAUCCGUAAAAUGUACAGCCUCUACGUGCAGGACCCUGACGUGGUGGACACGGCCAAGAUAGACGCCACCAUCCAGGAGGAGUACAUACGCCAGAGACAGCACUUGGAGAAGAAUGUGGCCUCUCUGAAGAAGAACCUUGACACAAGCACUCAAGUGCACAAUGUGCAGUAUUCAAAGAUUUUAAAGGAGAACACUUCCCUACUGAGGGAAAUAAAUGACAUGAGGGUCAAGAUGAAGGAGCUUCACUCUAAAGUUACUGAGAGCCAAGAAAGUAUCAGGAGGAAGAAGGAGAGGCAGAGCUUCACCGAGGUCAAAGCGUUGAACACAGAGGGCGCCGUCUCUGCUAACAUGGUGCCACAGCACAAGUUCAAGGAGGAGGCAGAGCAUCCCGUCUGCCUGCCACCCCUGAGGAUUUCCAAGGGCUGCAAUCCUCACUCAGGCACCCCGUUUGGCUCCAAGCUGCGCGCCUGCUGCUUCAGCCCCCAACAGCCCUUCAUGCAUAUCACAGGUUUGUCCAGAGGGGGACGCUACUGACCUGUACAGGUGACGGAGAGCAGCCCACCCGUUACCGUGCCCAGGCGAGAGCCGGCGUCCAGAGAGCCCUGUCCUCAGUCCCCUCCAGCAAAGCACAACUUGAUUGCACAAAAACGAAGGGAACGCGUGUACCUCCAUUUCCGACUUAUUUAGAUUUGUUUUCAAAGUGUAACAUUCAACUUCACUGAAGCUGUUUAUUUUAAUUUGCCUAAUUAUGAAUUUUAAUCAGCGUCAGCAUGUUGGUGGGUAGCGUAGUGGUGAGAGCCGGGUUCGAGACCCCCUUGCUGCUCCACCACCAUUGAUCAAUGUACUUAUAACCGAUGCGGUAAAAAGCGGUCGAUGUAAGAAAUUUCUGUCCCUGUGUGUAGUGUAUAAUGGUGAAACUCAAGUGUACGAGAAGCUUUUCUAAAAAUACAUGGCCUGUGCUAUGUCUUUUUGUUUGGUUAUACAAAGGCCUUAAGUCCCCUUGGAGAAUGGUAUCGUACAUGUGGUGAGGAAAAACUUUUGGAAUUUUACAAAAAAUUUAAACUCUG